UCAUUUCUCUUCAAAACUUUGUCAUGAGUGCACGUCUCUGUAACAAGUGAGCUUAAAUCAUUUUAACAUAUUAUAUUAAAUUGUGUUUCGGGUAUCAUUAGUUCAAAAAACGGAAAGAAAAGUUGAACAGGAGUCCUGUUUCCUGAUUUCUAACAUCACCUCGGCAUAUUCAUCAGAAAUACAAUGGUCGACCAAUGCUGAUGUUUCCACACUUCAUAUCACCUACUACUUAAGAGAUUAUUCGCAUGAUGCUGCCGUCCACUUACCUUUCCAUGGCCGCUCAUCAGUUCGCCACCGAGGAUGUUGACGUCCUUCAAGUAGUCCUGGCAGCUGUCGGGAAGCAUUCAACUUGUACGCAUUUCAACGACCGACGCUGUCAGACGGAUGACCCUCCUUUGAUUCUUCACUAGUGGCGACAUAUUACAGAGGAACUCCAGAGCCCUUCCAAUUCGAGAAAGGAGGAGGAAGAAAUCGAAGCGGAUAGAAAGAGCGAAGAAAAUGGUAUCGUCAGCAAUUUUUGGAGCUGCUACCGGCACUGGUUUGGCCUUGGUCGUCGCGAUGACAAUAGUGGUCUACCGAUAUUACGCGGUGAAACGAAAGGGGAAAUACUGGAGCAAUUUAGAUCGUUGGCCUGAUCCUCCAUCGAUCACGAAGAAACCGGAUAGCCGACAGGAGGAUUGUCACCAUCACUCGCACAAUACGUCCUCCUCUCAUGUAUUGAAUUGUUGGCGACAACAGCAGAAGAAUUACUACGCAGUACAGACUGGGGAAUUCAACAUCGCUAAAGAACAACACGCUGUGCAACCAUGUUCGUCGGUGGUGGUUGAAUCGGGAGGAUUGCCACAUCAAAGUCGCAGUUACCCCGGCGGUAGCGGCGGAACCGGAAACAUGGGACGAUUAUUCACGAGGAAUUCAUCGGUUAGCUCUCAAAGCUCUUUGGAAGGAGCUUCAGGACCUCCAGGACCUCCAGGAGGACCAUCCGUUCAUCGUGGUUCUUCGUCUCAAAUUCGAGCCUUUGGACCUGACGGACGAUACCAUCAUCAUCGCGAUCCACUACACGCUGCCUCUUCUUACCCCCCAAGCAGAAGUUCAAGAUCACCAUCACCUGGUCGCGCAGCAUCGCUAGACGCACGCUGUGGAAGUCCAGCCAGUUGUUCCGGAAGCCUUCUGAGCAGUAAUGCAUCACCCUCUCAGAGCUCACUGUCCUCUCUGGCAACAGGUGUGAGCUCUUCCUGUGGUAGUUCUACGAUAAGCGUUGCCCACGUUGCUUCCAGAUCAGCUGGCCGAAGUCUAUCACCGCUUCUUAUUCCGCCGUCACGCACUUCCGGAAGUAAUUUUUUAUAUUGCAGCGAUGGUGGACCACCUCCUCCAGCUUCACCGUUGGGUUCCAUACAACCUGAUCUCUAUCAACGAAGAGAUGGUCCUCUUUACCUCAAGGCUCGCGGACAUGGAAAAAGCUUGGGUCGUCUGCACUUGCGGUUCAAGUACGACUUCGAUCGAUCGGACUUGCACGUUCAUUUGAUCGAGGCUCACGAUCUGGCUGGAAGCGAUCGAGGAGGAUUCAACGAUCCUUACGUGAAACUAACACUCAGCCCUGAAGUGGAUUCAAGGAAACGACAAACUCAAAUACACCGUAACGAACCGAAUCCCUUCUUCGAUCAGCAAUUUAAAUUUCCUGUCAGCAGCGAUGAACUUCAGGAUAAGAUCUUAGUUUUACAAGUUCUCGAUUACGAUCGCUUUUCUAGAAAUGACAUAGUUGGUUCCGUUAAGAUACCACUGCAUCUUUUGCAAUUGGACUCCCCUACAUCAACCGAGGAAGUUUGGGGUGAGAUCGAACGCGAACGAAAGCCACCAGAACAAAUUCAAGAAGUACUACUGUCGCUCUCUUAUUUGCCAAGUGCCGAGGAAUUGACAGUGCUUAUUCAGAAAGCGAGAAAUCUGUUUCCACCACAGGAGAAAGAAACCUUAGAUUCCUUCGUGAAAGUAAAUCUUCUUUGCGGAGAGAAAAGAGUGAAGAAGAAGAAGACUACCGUAAGAAAAGCAACGACCUCUCCUGUUUGGGACGAGGCAGUUUACUUUAAUGUUCCUGUCAAUACACUCGCAUCAUCCGCUAUUGAGGUAUGCGUGAUGGACUCGAGCAACGAGUUUAUCGGGGGAAACUUGAUCGUCGGAUCCUGCAUCGUUGGUCCUGCCACAGGAAUCAUCCCAGGCGGAGAAGCGAGCGGGGGCCAAGGAAGAGAGCACUGGCUUCAUAUGACUCAAUCGCCCAGAAAAACCAUUGCUAUGUGGCACACGUUGCACUAAUUCAUUCCUUACUCUGUUUCCAGUUGGAAACGUGACGAAAAAUAGUUGAAAAAAAAGGAAAAGAAGAAGGAAUCAUGGACGCGUUUGUUUCGUCCAAGUCGGAUCAGGUAUGGAGAAUAUACAAUCAAACGUAUAGGGUAAAUAAUUGGUUAAAAUGUAAGCAAACGUAGCAGUGUGUUAUAUGUGAAACCGCUUCUAUGGAUGUAUUCGAAGACCACUAACGAAAAGGAGAACCGCAAAAAGAGCACGUACACUCACCGUGUUUUUAUUACCCGCGUACCAGCGAGUUUCAACAAUUGAUGUAUCUCAAUAUUCCCGCGAACCUAUCGAUAUUUCGUCGAUAAAACUGCUCCGUGAUCUCUGAUCACAUGAUAUACCCAGUGUAAACAUGUACAAUUACCGAUUCAUGGCGUCGAAAUAAGAUCACCUUGCUACUUGUGCAUAGGAAGAUUCGCGUUCGAAUAUGGCAAUCAUAUCUCGUUUUACAUACCUUGUUUUUCAUAAGUUUGUUACGUAUUCAGUUCGAGACCGUGCUGUCUCUACGUCGGGAAUACCGAUUAAUCGGCAUUUUCCCUUUCCCUUAUGUAUAUUCUUCGUUUCGCCUGGAAAUCUUUAAUAGCGAAGACUAACGACGAGUAAAUGUCUUUAACUAUAACUUGGAAGUUGUGCGUGUAUUCGAUGAAAUCGCCUAAAAUUGCAGAAACCUACGUUUUAGACAACUCGGAUACGAUUGCUUUUCCGUACACGAAAUCAACAUUUUUAUACCGAUUUCGGAUAGUAUCACCGUCCAAUCAGCAUUGAUCGUAUGCAACGUACUGAUUUUUAUGAUUUUUCUUGAUCACGCGAUUUUAAGCAUCUUUACUAAAUGUUCUCUAUACACGUGACAAUUUUCUCACGCUACAAGUUUACUUUUCUGUCAGAGGCUAAAUGUAUCUUGCACAAUCAACGAGAUAAUUACUGUUCGUGCUAACGAACAAAUACGAUAGCGGAUAAUCGUAUUACAAACGAUAAGAGGAUACAGCGCAUGCUUUAGGUUACAGAGUACCAUGGAAUUAUUUCCUUCUUGUGUAAUUAAAAUUAAACGCGUUAGAAAGAUUUGUACGUAGAUUUUGGGGGUAGGGAAAUGGAUAAAGAAAUAAUCAUUUGGAAUAUAAUGUACGUUUGUCUAAUUUUAAUGAUUUUUUAUCAUAGUUUGAAAUUAAUACGGAAAAUGAGGGAUAUAUUUAUACAUAUGUACUUUCUAGGCCUAAGUAUUGUACUAUGCAACAAAACCGACCUCAAUGAAGUGUAAAGCGUCAGAGGUACGUAAUGCCCGUGCAUAUUACAGUUUACAAUAAACUGAAAGCCUAAAAGAACGAUUCUCUUCCGAUAAGUACGACGUUUAACCCCGUUAUCGUUGUUCAUGUUGUAAACUAUUUAUCUAUACGUAAAGCAGCAACAGAGAAAUGCAAAAGAAAAAAAAAAAAAUAAAUAAAUCCGCACAUUGUAGAGCGUUCGUUCGUACAUGUCAAACCGUACUGCACAAGGCAUAACCCAGAGUGAUAAAACGUGACUGACAAAGAACACAUUUCCUACUUAUUUUACCUUUUUUACGUUCUUUUCCUUGUACUCGUUGAGAUACAACAUCUGAGAAAAAGAACAGAAGGUAAAGAGAAACACGCAGGAUGAAUAAGCAUAUUAAACGAUAACGUGAACAUUUCCGACCAAAGUUCGUCAUAUCAUAUAUUAAUAAUUUUGAAGAUUCCAAAGCUUAGAUCUAUUUAUUGUUAAUUUAAGAGUUCGAUUAAGGAACCUGCCGUACUAUAAAUAUUUCAGGCUCGUACGUCUAUUACAGUGAUUAAUAUUUCUGAUCUGUUUGUCGAACAGAAAAUGAGAGGAUGCGAUGUAAUAAACGUUACCUGGAGAUACAGAGGAUAUAAAUUUAAAUGUUGAUCAUCGUUAAGUAUUUUAAGUAUUAUAAUGUAUUAUACAUAUACUGAUGUGAAUACGUGAAACGUACAAGUUGGAAAAAAUUACAAGGUUUGCUGGGAAGAAACGCUUAAUUAUAUCAGCGUUUUCCGAAUCGUACGCUUAAAAUAUACUUAACAGUAUUUCUAUUGUAUUCUACGUAUCACAGACAAAUGAUACGUGGUAUUUAUAUUUAAAAAAAAAAAAAAAAAGCGUAUAUGUAAUACAUAAAUGUAUGUAUAUACGCACAUUCAUAUACAAAUUAUAUUAUAUAUGAAGAUGUUCUUAUAUGUAUAUCUUGGUAAUGAAAUAUUCAUCUUGGGUGUGUUACUGUUAAACACGCUAUUGAAAACACUCCAAAGUAAUUGUAAUGACUGUCGCGAUACGUAAAGGCUACAUGAAUUUCGUGUUUCUUCGUCAACGCGAAUAAAUUACAAAAUGAAAUUUCUUUGUAAACGCCAUAUGUGUAUCGUGCUCCUAUUGUCAUUUUUCGACUCAAUACUUCGGCUGAAAAUUUUUCAUCAAUGCUUUGACAACCUAUAUCACGUAUUCGUGAUUUUUAUACUUAACUUUUCUCUUCACUGUUUUUUAUCUUACUUUCCAUCUACUAUACCGCAUAUUACAGUAGAACUCUAUUUAUCUAUCAUUUUCUAUCCAUGUGGAUGCGGGCAAUACGGUGUAAAGCGAUGUUUCGACAAGGCAUGCACACGAGAUGAUUUUUCAAAAUCUACCGUCGGAUCGAGGAAAUAUGUAUAAAAUUUAUUUGUCUAAAGGGAUAGAUCUACGUUGUCAGAACCUACGGUUCGUUUCGUAAAGCGUAGAAAUACGAACUUGUUGUGCAUGACUGGUUUGGACGAAGGAAGUGCAGAUAAACGAUACAAAGGAAAGUACAAAAAUUAUUAUUAAGAUGAAUUUUGUACUUUGUUAUGUAUCGAUCCAAGCGUUUUUUUAUUCCCAACAAAAAAGUAUUAAGGUACUUGGGUUGAUAAUUAAUUAGCUCAAAAGAUAUAUUAGGGAGAGACAGGGAGAGCCUAGAGAUCUUCCCCUACUAUAUCUUCUGAACUAAUCAAUUUUCCACUCAAGUACCUUAAUACUUUUUUGUAAGGAAUAAAAACACGCUUCAAUUGAUGUGUAACAAAGUAUACAAUUCUGUUUUAACAAAUAAAGAUGACUUCGAAAUGCUUGAUACGCCUCUACUUCUGGUGCUAAGACAUGCAUUAUGUAGUGCUCUAUUUGACAUCAUUUAAUUUCUCCUUGUAACAAUUUUUCUAUCUUUUACCGUUUUAAAGCUAUAGCUUAUCUCAGUUGUUUGGGACACCCUGUAUAGUACCCAUUGGCUCAAUGAUAAUACCUAAUGGACUAAAUGUAUUGAGAGGCUAGAUGAUUCAAAUAACUCCUCUUCUCUUAGCAAUGAUUUUUUGUUUAAAUAAUAACAUUUUAUUAUUCUAUUCUUCAAUUUACACCAAUGUACGUAUAAACUGAAUGAUGUUUAACAAUAGUUACGAUAAUUAAAAUUCAACUGUGGAUUCAAUUAAUCAGACAUUCAGUAAAAUUUUACUCAGAUAAAUAGAGUUUUACUGACAUUGCAAUCUGAAAAUUGAUGGUUUUGUGGCUUACAUUACAAAUACCCUCGUGCAUAAUCUUAUCAACGAACUUCUUUUAAAUAUAAAAUGUGAAAUUUGCAAGUGUCAUGUACGUAUAUGAAAUAUGCAGCCGUCAAAGUGUUAAUAGACACCCUAUUGUCGGACCUGAAUUUGCCUUGCAAAGCAUGAAAUAGCUCGCGUUUACAUUACCCAACGUGUGGGCCACCGAUGAUAGUAGUUGAGUUACGAUUAUCGUACAAAGUAAUUGAAGAUUUAAAAAAAAAAA